AUGAGCAAGACGCUCGCCCUCCCUCGCCACAUCUCAAGGCAAGCGGCUCGUCGCAGUGCGCGGUUGGCAACCCGCAAAUAUGCCACGGCAUCAAGAUCACCUCCGGCAGUAGAACGCGAUCCCACCGAACUCGAUCAGAUCACCACGCUCCCAAAUGGCGUCCGCGUGGCUACGGAAGCCCUGCCUGGCCACUUCUCCGGCAUUGGUGUAUACAUUGAUGCCGGAUCGAGAUAUGAAACUGACGCUCUGCGAGGCGUAUCUCAUAUCAUCGACCGACUGGCGUUCAAGUCGACAUCACAGCGUAGCGGAGACCAGAUGCUUGAGGCGAUGGAGAAUCUAGGCGGCAAUAUCCAGUGUGCAUCGUCCCGCGAGAGCUUAAUGUAUCAGUCCGCCACGUUCAAUGCCAAGGUCCCUGACACCGUCGCCCUGCUGGCCGAGACGAUUCGCGAGCCAGACAUCACCGAUGAGGAGGUGGCUCGUCAGUUGGAAACAGCCGAUUAUGAGMUUGGUGAGAUUUGGAGCAAGCCCGAGCUCAUUCUCCCCGAGCUGGUGCAUAUGGCUGCCUACAAGGACAACACGCUCGGCAAUCCAUUGCUGUGUCCAAAGGAACGGCUGGACUACAUCGAUGCGCGGACGGUCGAGGCUUACCGCAAAGCUUUCUUCCGUCCUGAGCGUGUUGUGGUGGCUUUCGCUGGUGUGGAGCACAACGAGGCAGUGCGUUUGACGAAACAAUACUUUGGAGACAUGAGCCCUGCGACAACUACAGCAUUCAAAAAGGAUGCACACCAGGUCCAGCCGCCAUACCCGACCUCCAACACACAAGCACCGCAGAAAGACUCGCGGCUGAUGUCGAAGAUUCCCUUCCUCAAGAAUCUCUCCACAUCUGCGCCUCAUUCGGCAACCGUCUCCCCGCUCGACCCUUCGCAGAUCAUCCCCCACCCUCUUGACGGUCCUAUACCUUAUGACCAGGCCUCCAAUUACACAGGUGGCUUCCUCAGCCUCCCGCCGCUACCCAUUCCUCCAAAUCCAUCCCUCCCGCGUCUUUCGCACAUUCAUCUAGCAUUUGAAUCUUUACCUAUCAGCUCUCCCGACAUCUACGCGCUUGCAACCCUUCAAACACUUCUCGGCGGUGGCGGCUCCUUCUCCGCUGGCGGUCCUGGCAAGGGCAUGUACAGCCGUCUCUACACUAAUGUAUUGAACCAAUACGGCUGGGUUGAGAACUGCGUCGCAUUCAACCAUGCUUACACCGAUUCCGGACUGUUUGGCAUAUCGGCAAGUUGUGCGACACAAUUCGUGCCUAGAAUGCUCGACACCAUGGCGCGGGAACUCUCAUUACUGAGCGCAGAGACCGGCUUAGGACGACUGAGCGAGAUUGAAGUGAACCGAGCGAAGAAUCAGCUCCGCAGCAGUCUGCUAAUGAAUUUAGAAAGCCGCAUGGUGGAGCUGGAGGAUCUUGGCAGACAGGUGCAGGUCCACGGACGAAGGGUGCCGGUCAAGGAGAUGGUCAGUGCAAUCGAGGGUGUGACGAUGAAAGACCUGAGGAGGGUCGCAAAGAUGGUGUUUGGAGGCGAGGUGAGAAAUGCUGGAGAAGGAAGCGGUGCCCCGACUGUCGUGUUGCAGCAGGGCGAGGAGGAAGGGGUCAAGUUGAGAGACAUGCCGUGGGAAGACAUCCAGCAAAGGAUUGGGAAGUGGGGAYUGGGCAGGAGAUGA